GACAUGGACAUGCCUUGCUUGUAACUGGCUGGGAAAUCUAACAGGAGAAAUACACUUGGCAAGGAUUCCUGGACCUGAUUGACACCAAACAAAUAUAAAUAAAUAAGAAAUUUCAACAAGAAAAACAAAUGGGUGAAGAAAGCUUGAAGAAAAGAAAAGGAGAGGACAAAGGAAGAGAGGACAGACAAUCCAUUCAGAGUCAUGAGCCCCAAACGAUGAACCUACAAAAGCAGGUGGGCCUCAUUAGUGGAAUCUGUAUGAUUGUUGGCACAAUUAUUGGCUCAGGUAUCUUCGUUUCUCCAAAAUCAGUGCUUGCCAAUGUCGAAGCUGUGGGUCCUUGUUUAAUCAUCUGGGCAGCCUGUGGAGUCCUGGCAACAUUAGGUGCUCUUUGUUUUGCUGAGCUUGGCACAAUGAUCACAAAGUCUGGGGGAGAAUAUCCCUACCUCAUGGAGGCAUUUGGCCCAAUUCCAGCGUUUCUGUUUUCUUGGACAAGCUUACUGGUUACAAAACCCAGCUCCUUUGCAAUCAUCUGUCUCAGCUUUGCAGAAUAUGCCUCAGCUCCUUUUUAUCCAGGCUGUGAUCCACCCCAGGCUGUCAUCAAGUGUCUGGCAGCAGCUGCUAUUGUGGUAAUUACAAUUGUGAAUUCAUUGAGUGUGAAGCUGGGAAGUUACCUCCAGAAUUUUCUCACAGCUGCUAAAAUGAUCAUUGUCACAAUCAUUAUUGUAAGUGGAAUUGUUCUCCUUGCACAAGGAAAAACAGAUAACUUCAAAGAUUCUUUCAAGGGCAGUAAAAUUUCUGUUAGCUCUAUCAGUUUGGCAUUUUAUAAUGGACUCUGGGCAUAUGAUGGAUGGAAUCAACUCAAUUACAUCACAGAAGAACUUAAAAAUCCUUACAGAAAUCUACCACUGUCAAUAAUUAUUGGAAUCCCCUUGGUCACGGUUUGUUAUGUUCUGAUAAACAUUUCCUAUUUCACUGUGAUGACUUCAACAGAGCUCCUGCAAUCCCAGGCAGUUGCUGUGACAUUUGGAGAUAGAGUCCUUUAUCCUGCCUCUUGGAUAGUUCCUCUCUUUGUGGUAUUUUCAACACUUGGAUCUGCCAAUGGCACCUGUUUUACUGCAGGCAGACUUGUUUAUGUUGCAGGUCGUGAAGGGCACGUGCUAAAGAUACUGUCUUACAUUAGUGUUAAGCGCUUAACACCAGCACCUGCUAUCAUAUUUUAUGGGGCCAUCACUAUUAUUUAUAUUAUUCCUGGUGACAUUGAUUCACUCAUAAAUUACUUUAGUUUUGCAGUCUGGAUAUUUUAUGGUUUAACUGUACUUGCACUAAUUGUCAUGAGGUUUACAAGGAAGGAACUCAGGAGACCUAUCAAGAUACCCAUCAUCAUUCCUGUCAUAGUGACACUGGUGUCAAUUUUACUGGUAUUGGCACCAAUCAUCAGUGCACCUGAACUGGCCUAUUUGUACUGUACAUUAUUUAUACUUAGUGGACUUAUAGUUUAUGCACUUUUUGUUCAUUUAAAAUUCAGCUGGGCACAAAAAAUAUCAAAGCCCAUCACUAUGCACCUCCAGAUGCUUUUGGAAGUUGUUCCGGAAGAAGAAGUUAUUGAAUGAAGUAUUUUAUA